AUGGAUUCGCCUGAGGGUAGCGCAAACGAUGCGAUGACUGCAGAGAUUGACCGCAGGGUUAAUAAAGCAGUCAACGCCCAGCAGAUGCGCAACAAGAUAGAGCUAGAUGCAAGGUAUAUUAGCAGUAAUGCUGAUAUCUGGUACUUCAUCAACUCCUGCCUUGAUAGCAGGCCACAGCAGGUUAUAGCUACCUUCUACGCAGCAGGAGGUCCAGGUGGGCCGAAGGACUCUGUUGAAUUCCUGAAGUACCUUGACCGGACGUAUAAGGACCUAAAUACAGAUCUACAGGCAGCAAUCACGCUACGAACCCUUCGCCAGCGAGACGAUCAGUCUCUAUCCUCCUUUCUACCCUGGUUUGAGCGAACACUAGCUGAGGCUGGUGGCGCCGACUAG